CUCCUCUCUCACGUCCGCUCUCUCUUGCCCCAGAAAUUAAAGAAGGACCCUGGUUUGGGCUCUCUGUGCCGUUUUAAUUUCCAGCAAAUCCCCACAAAAAAUAACACCGCAAACAUGAGCAGAAAAUUCUUCGUCGGUGGAAACUGGAAGAUGAACGGCGACAAGAAAAGCCUUGGGGAGCUCAUCCAGACCAUGAACACGGCCAAGGUGGACCCCAAUGUCGAGGUGGUCUGCGGCGCUCCAUCCAUCUACCUGGACUUUGCCAGAUCCAAGCUGGACGCCAAGUUUGGCGUGGCAGCUCAGAACUGCUACAAAGUUCCCAAGGGUGCCUUCACUGGGGAGAUCAGCCCUGCCAUGAUCAAGGACUGUGGUGUGAACUGGGUGAUCCUGGGACACUCCGAAAGGCGCCACGUCUUCGGAGAGAGCGACGAGCUGAUCGGCCAGAAGACGGCUCACGCUCUGGAGAGCGGCCUCGGCGUGAUCGCCUGCAUCGGCGAGAAGCUGGACGAGAGAGAGGGAGGCAUCACGGAGAAGGUUGUCUUUGCUCAGACCAAGUUCAUCGCAGACAACGUAAAGGACUGGAGCAAGGUCGUGCUCGCCUACGAGCCCGUGUGGGCCAUUGGCACCGGCAAGACCGCCUCCCCCCAGCAGGCCCAGGAAGUGCACGAGAAGCUGAGGGGGUGGAUGAAGACCAACGUGUCUGAAGCUGUGGCCAACUCUGUGAGGAUCAUCUACGGAGGCUCUGUGACCGGCGGUACCUGUAAAGAACUGGCCUCCCAGAAGGACGUUGACGGUUUCCUCGUGGGCGGAGCUUCCCUCAAGCCAGAGUUUGUGGAAAUCAUCAACGCCAAGGCAUAAAAACCCAGGCAGCUGCAUACGUGACCAGAUUCAGACGACCCAUUUCCAUCGCCCCCCUCACUCUCAGCACUUUUAGUCCUCUUCCCCUCUUUAUUAAAAGCAUUUGUGUAAUGGUGUCAUUCCCUCCUUUUCCUUUAUGUUUUGUAAUUUUGAAGAAAAGGGACAGGUUGACACAUGCACUGUACUGCACUGAAAAGAGUUGAGUCUACUGAGAAUAGUCCGUGUGCGUACUAACCUCCACACCAAGUGCUCGAGCUGUGCUUUUAGACCGUGAGCAGGACGGGCAGAGUCCACGCCUUUACUUGAAAAGUUUACCAACUUUAUUUGUGUAAACAGUGUCACAGCUCAUGUCAAUCAGAACUCAUUUGUCUUUUUACCGGCGUCUCUUUUUGUGUAAUUAUGAUGUUCUGUGGCUUUUACCUCCCUCUAGAUGUGCAUGAUCCGCUCUCAUUGGUUGUUUUGCCGAGAGGAAAGUGUCCAUUACGUGUUUAUCGAAUUGUGUCACGGCCGAUGAGAAUGAAGGGUAGGAAAGGCUGUAAGGAAACAUUAUAAUAAACGGUUCAGAGACUG